AUGGGUAUUCUACAAACUCUUUUCAAGGCGGAAGACGACAUUCAAGGGUCCAAAUUCCGCGCCGUCUUCGUCGGUCUUUUCGUCGCGUUUGGCGGUAUUCUAUUUGGUUAUGACACAGGAACAAUCUCCGGUGUGCUGGCUAUGGACUACGUCAAGCAACAAUUCACAUCGGACGGACAUUUCAGUGCCAACCAAACGUCGCUGAUCACGGCUAUUCUGUCGGCUGGUACAUUUUGUGGUGCAAUGUUGGCCCCUUUGGCCUCUGACACUCUGGGCCGUAGACUGGGCUUGCUGAUUUCGACUGUCAUUUUUACCGUUGGUGUCAUUCUACAAGUGGCCGCCACCGAACAAAAUCUGCUGAUUGUGGGCAGAGUCAUUGCCGGUCUCGGUGUCGGUGUUCUAUCUGCUAUCGUUCCCCUAUACCAGGCUGAAGCGUCUCCUAAGUGGAUUAGAGGUGCUGUCACAUCGUGCUACCAAUGGGCAAUCACCAUCGGUUUACUGCUCGCUGCGUGUGUCAACCAGGGGACUCACUCCAGAAGCGAUAGUGGCUCCUACAGAAUCCCAAUCGCAAUUCAACUGCUUUGGGCAAUCAUCAUGUUUACCGGUAUGGUCAUUUUGCCUGAGUCGCCCAGAUUCUACGUUAUGAAGAACAAAGUCCCAGAGGCCCGCAGAGCACUUUCAAAAUUGAGAGGCCUUUCCGGAGACCACAGCUUUGUCGAGGCUGAACUUGAAGAAAUCGUCGCCAACUACAACUACGAGAGGUCUUUUGGCUCCACUUCUAUUUGGGACUGUUUCAAGCCUGCAAACCACCAAUUGAAACGUAUCACCACUGGUAUUGCCAUUCAAGCUCUGCAGCAAUUGACUGGUAUUAACUUCAUCUUCUACUACGGUACUCAAUUUUUCCAGAACUCCGGUAUCAAGAACCCAUUCAUCAUCCAAUUGAUUAUGAACAUUGUCAACGUGGUGAUGUCCAUCCCGGGCAUUGCUUUGGUUGAAAUCGCUGGUAGAAGAAACUUGCUGCUAUGGGGUGCCGUCGGAAUGUGUGUCAGUGAAUUGAUUGUUGCCGCCGUUGGUACCGCACUACCAGACAGCUUCUCUGCUAACAAGACCUUAAUCGCCUUCUCGUGUACUUUCAUUGCCUCAUUUGCUGCUACUUGGGGUCCCUUGGCCUGGGUUGUCGUCGGGGAGAUUUUCCCUCUAAGAGUGAGAGCCAAGUCUGUCGCUGUAUGCGCCGCAUCCAACUGGUUGUUCAAUUUUGCCAUCGCCUACGCUACCCCAUAUCUAGUUGACGUUGAUCAUGCCAACCUACAGUCUAAGGUGUUCUUUAUCUGGGGUGGUUGCACUUUCUUGUGCUUCCUGUUCGUCUACUUCUACAUCUACGAAACUAAGGGUCUUACUUUGGAGCAAAUCGACGAAUUGUUCGACACUUGCCCAAGUGCUCGUCACUCCAAGGGCUUUGUUCCCUCCGAAGGUUUUGCUGCCCACGAACAAGCCAACUCCCCAGACCUCGACAAAGCUAUUGUUGUGGCUAUCGAAAAGGUCUAA